AUGUCGAAAGCAAUUCUCUCAAUUCGGUCCAACGAAUCCGAUGAGAAGAGCAAAGCAGUCGCCAACCUGCUGCCAUGUCGAAUCCACCACAAUGGACCGAUUGGUGAUGCCAAUACCUUCUGGAAUCCUGUUCGGUCAGAAGAUGGGAACACCUUGGCAUACUUUCGUGGUCGGAAACUCCACGGCACGACUGUCAAGCUGCCAGAGCAAUACCGAGGCGUUGUUAUGGAAAAGAGCGACAAGGUCGAAGCCCAGCAACUCGAGGUCGAGGGCGAGGGAGAGGGGGCCGAAGGCGAUUUGGUCGAGCUGGGAACCAUGCACGUCAAGGCUGUGUUUGACGAGAUAGUCAUCUGGGGCCACGAGUCGAGCGCCGAGGCGGCGUCGGAUCCUUACAUGAGGAGUAUCGAGGAAUGGCUGGCUGUCGCCGAAUCGGUACACUCGUACCCUUCGCCGGAGAUCAAGAACGGCGCAUAG